UGUGUGUGUGUGUGCGUGUGUGUGAGAGAGAGAGAGGAGGGAGAGGAGAGAGAAGAGAGUGGGUCUAGCCAAAUAAAGGCAUGGGGGCCUGUGUGCGUUUGGCCCCCUCUGCUCUAUAAAUACGUAUCGCGUCGGCAGACUCAGGUUUGGUGGCUGGGGCUCCGCAGCUACACAGAGACGCGCGUCGCCCGCUCUCCACACAGCCUACACACACUCUCACACACACGCGCGCGCCGCCAUGCCUCGGGUUGAUGCAGACCUCAAGCUGGACUUCAAGGAUGUCCUCUUCAGACCGAAGAGGAGCAGCCUGAAGAGCAGGUCUGAGGUGGACCUGCAGAGGACCUUUACAUUCCGUAACUCCAAACAGACAUAUAAUGGCAUCCCCAUCAUCGCCGCCAACAUGGACACCACAGGCACCUUCGAGAUGGCCCGGGUCCUGAGCAAACACACACUCUUCACUGCCAUGCAGAAGCACUACUCCCUGGAGGAGUGGCAGAAGUUUGCUGCAGAUCACCCAGAGUGCUUAGAGCAUAUUGCCGCCAGCUCUGGCAGUGGUAAGGCGGACCUGGAGCGGCUGAGCGCCAUCCUGGAGGGCGUCCCCCAGAUCCGCUACAUCUGCCUGGACGUGGCCAACGGCUACUCCGAGCACUUUGUGGAGUUUGUCAAGACCGUCAGAGAGAGGUUCCCCACCCAUACCAUCAUGGCUGGCAACGUGGUGACGGGGGAGAUGGUGGAGGAGCUGAUUCUGAUCGGUGCUGACAUCAUUAAAGUGGGCAUCGGGCCAGGGUCAGUGUGCACAACCCGGAUCAAGACUGGCGUGGGGUACCCCCAGUUAAGCGCCGUCAUUGAGUGUGCCGACUCCGCCCAUGGCCUGAAGGGACAUAUCAUCUCAGAUGGAGGCUGUAGUUGCCCAGGCGAUGUGGCCAAAGCUUUUGGAGCGGGAGCUGAUUUCGUCAUGAUGGGAGGUAUGUUGGCGGGCCAUGACCAGUGUGCCGGUGAGGUCAUUGAGAAGGGCGGGAAGAAGUUCAAACUGUUCUACGGCAUGAGCUCGGACGUCGCCAUGAAGAAAUACGUCGGGGGCGUGGCCGAGUACAGGGCGUCGGAGGGCCGCACGGUGCAGGUUCCGUAUAAGGGGGACGUGGAGAACACGGUCCUGGACGUUCUGGGCGGCCUGCGCUCCACGUGCACCUAUGUGGGGGCGGCUAAACUCAAGGAGCUCAGCCGCAGAACCACAUUUAUCAGAGUCACACAGCAGACCAGUCAGUUGUUCACCUAGUCACACACACACACACACACACACACACACACACACACACACACACACACACAAGCACACACAAAUACACA